AUGUCCUUCAUAUAUCUUGGUAUACUAUGGUUAUUUGGGUUUCUAUUUACCUCUUUAAUUAUGUACCUUUUACUUAUUCAACUUGAAGAAAGACCUCAUUAUUUCGGCAAAGGCUCUCAUAUUGGGGGAACUCCAGGCCUGAUCUACGAGCCGAACCCCAACCGUUUCGAUGUAGGAACGAAAGGCGUGAUCCGAUUUAGAUCAGGGGACCCACGGAGCUAUCAUAAUCAUAUGAUACGAUAUAAAAAGUUACUAAGUGGUGAGUAUAACACCACAAAUUCGUCUAUACCGAAGUGUACCAGAGCAAAAGGAGCUAUUGAUGGUGCUCCGACGAAUGUAUCCGUUUGCAGUGUGGAACCAGAAAGUCAUCAGCUCUAUGGAGAUUGCGCCUUAACCAUGCAAAACAUAAAUAGAGGUAUGGGGUUCAGCAGCGGAGAACCGUGUAUCAUGCUCCGUCUUACAAGG